AGAGCAAGAGAGAGAGACAAGGAUCAAUUCGGGAAGAUUCAACAAACGUAUUGCUCAACAAUUGAACGAUUCUUUGAUUUUUAUUUUAAUUAUUGAACAGAAAACGAUUCUUUUCCUCCAUUGUUGUGAAAUCCUAUGAUUGUCACCAUGCCUCAGGUCAUCAACUCAGUGCAGAGCCGAUCUGAACAGGCCGGCAAAACUGCCCUGUAUCCUAUCAUCAGUCGUAACAAGAGUGGUCUCUCUGCCAAGAGUGAAGUUUUUCAGCAGCUGAAGGAGAAGUGCCUGAGAAAAGGCGUCUUGUUUGAAGAUGAGGAAUUCCCUGCCAACGACUCCUCGCUUUUUUACACCAUGAAAAUGCCCUUCAAGCUGGAGUGGAGAAGACCCCCAGAAAUCUGUGAGAAUCCUAAGUUCAUCAUUGGCGGUGCCUCAAGAACUGAUAUCUGUCAAGGAGAUUUGGGUGACUGCUGGUUCCUGGCUGCCAUUGCUUGUCUAACUCUGAAUGAGAAGCUGCUGUACCGGGUCAUUCCUAGAGAUCAGUACUUUACAGAAAACUAUGCUGGGAUCUUCCAUUUCCAGUUCUGGCGUUUCGGUGACUGGGUGGAUAUCACUAUUGAUGACCGAAUCCCCACCUUCAACAAUCAGUUGGUUUUCACCAAGUCUGCGGAAAGGAAUGAAUUCUGGAGUGCUCUAUUAGAGAAGGCCUAUGCUAAGCUGCAUGGAUCUUAUGAAGCACUGAAGGGUGGCAACACCACGGAAGCCAUGGAGGAUUUCACUGGCGGUGUUACUGAAUUCUUUGAGAUAAAGGAGGCUCCCAAGGAUCUGUACAGGAUCCUGAAGAAGGCAGCAGAAAGAGGCUCUCUUAUGGGCUGUUCUAUUGAUGAAGGUAUAUUUCAUGGAACAGGUGUCAUGCCACAAGCACAGAUCCAAAAGUUUCUGUCUAAUACCUUAAUUGCUCUGGAUGGAUCUAAGGCCAAAGUUGGUGAUCAGAGCAAGAAUUUGGAUGACCUUCCAGUCAGGUCUUUCAUACCUCUGCAAUUUGAGACACGGACAACCAGUGGCCUGAUCAAAGGUCAUGCCUACUCUGUGACCAACGUGGAUGAGGUCACUUAUAAAGGUCAGAAGGUGAAGUUGCUGCGUUUGAGGAACCCAUGGGGAGCAGUUGAGUGGAAUGGAUCCUGGAGUGACAAGGCUCGGGAAUGGUCUGAGAUUGAGAAAACACAAAAGCAGCGGCUGCAACAUCAAACGAAAGAAGAUGGAGAGUUCUGGAUGUCUUUCGAUGAUUUCAAGAAGAAUUUCACAAAGUUGGAGAUUUGUAAUCUGACACCAGAUGCACUGGGUGAUGAUAAGCUCCAUAAGUGGACUGUAUCUAUCAAUGAAGGACGGUGGGUAAAAGGCUGUUCGGCUGGGGGCUGCCGCAACUAUCCAGACACAUUCUGGACAAACCCUCAGUACCGACUGAAACUCUGUGAGGAGGAUGAUGAUCCUGAUGUUGCUGAGGUCCUCUGCACGUUUGUCGUCGCUCUGAUGCAAAAGAAUCGUCGGAAGGAGCGCAGGAUGGGCAUCAACUUCCAUACCAUUGGAUUCGCUAUUUAUGAGGUGCCCAAAGAGAUGCAAGGCAAUAAGCAACACCUUCCCAAAGAUUUUUUCCUCUACCGGGCAUCUAAGUGCAGGUCUAAGUCAUACAUUAACCUGCGGGAGGUAUCGCAGCGUUUCAGCCUGCCUCCAGGGGAAUACGUCAUUGUCCCUUCCACAUACGAUCCACACCAAGAAGGCGAGUUUGUCCUCAGGGUCUUCUCGGAAAAGCACAACCUGUCAGAGGAAACUGAGAACCAGAUCAUAGAUGACAACCCCGAGCUGCAGCCAAUCAUCUUUGUUUCUGAUAGAACUAAGGACACUGUAGACUCGGAGAUGGAAAAGGAGAAAAAAGCAGAAGACCAGAAAAAGACCAAGCCUUCAUCAACAACAACCAGGGAGGAGAGUGAGGAGGACAUGCAGUUCCGCCGUAUAUUUGAACAGAUUGCAGGAGAUGACAUGCAGAUCACAGCAUCUGAACUGAGGAAUAUACUAAACCGUGUUGUUAAAAAACGCAAGAUGAAAACUGAAGGGUUCGUACUCGAGUCUUGCCGCAGUAUGGUUGCCCUCAUGGAUACGGAUGGGUCUGGAAAGCUUAAUUUGAUGGAGUUUAAACAGCUCUGGAACAAGAUUAAGAAAUGGCAGGCAAUCUUUAUGGAAUAUGACAAGGAUAAUUCUGGUGUAAUUGACAGCUAUGAAAUGCGCACUGCUGUGAAUGAUGCAGGUUUCCAUCUGAACAACCAGCUCUACGAGAUCAUCUCCAUGCGCUAUGCUGAUGAAAAUAUGAACCUGGACUUUGACAGUUUCAUCUGUUGUAUUGUGAGACUGGAAGGGAUGUUCAUGGUUGCAACUCACCUUAUAUGCUUAAAAGUCUCAGGACUUCUGCUGGCUUACAUGCCUGGCUAUUACCUCAACUCAACGCCCAAACCUCAACAGCAGCAUACGCAAAAUCAGCCUCUUCUACCCAUGAUGAUAUUCAAUGGUACUUCAGGAAUCCAGGUGUAAAGCAGCCUGUUACAUACUGUCAGAUCAGCAUGUCUUGCUGCAACUGUGUGAGCCUUUGCAAUUGGGAACAUGUGAAGCCAGGAUAAAAGUACAAGUUUUCUUGUAUGAUUUUACAAUAAACACCUUACUCUAAA